GUGAGUGAGAGAGAGAGCUGCUGGACUCCAUUAGCUUCAACCCUGAGGACGCACUUGGUGGGACUUUAGUUGGACCAGCUUUGUUUGGAACAUUUCUCCAUGCUAGAAUUAAACACACGUUUCGACAGACAAAGGUGUUCAAACAGACCUGUUGCGACGUCGGAAGUGUAAAGCUUCACUUUGGGAUUCGACCAAACGUUAGCGAACUCGUGAAGGGUAUGGCUCUAGAUGGUAUACGGAUGCCCGAUGGCUGCUAUGCCGAUGGCACUUGGGAGCUGAAGAUGCAUGUGACUGACCUGAACAAGGACGUCUCUCUGAGAGUCACAGGAGAAAUCCAUAUCGGUGGAGUCAUGCUGAAGCUCGUCGAGAAACUUGAUGUCAAGAAGGACUGGUCAGACCAUGCACUGUGGUGGGAGAAGAAGAAGACUUGGCUGCUGAAGACGCACUGGACACUGGAUAAGUACGGCAUCCAGGCUGACGCCAGGCUACUCUUCACGCCCCAGCACAAGCUGCUACGCUUGCAGCUGCCCAACAUGAAGCACAUGAAGGUCAAAGUGAACUUCUCAGACCGUGUCUUUAAGGCUGUGUCAGACAUCUGCAAAACCUUCAAUAUCCGCCAUCCUGAAGAGCUGUCCCUGCUGCGCAAGCCCCGUGACCCCAAAAAGAAGAAGAAAAAGCUGGAGGAGUAUGAAGAACCUCUGGAGUUGGAAGGCCCUCUGCUUACUCCGGGGUCAGCCUCUGAGGUAAUAUACAUCGGACCUGUGAAAGGGAGUAUCUAUUCGAGUCCUGGCCUCUACAGUAAGACGAUGACUCCCACCUAUGACUCUCGAGAUGGCAGCCCACUUUCCCCCACCUCAGCCUGGUUCGGAGACAGUCCGUUGUCUGAGGGCAAUCCCAGCAUCCUUGCUGUGAGUCAGCCCAUCUCCUCACCUGAUAUACUGGUUAAGCUCUAUAAACCGCCCUCUCUCCUCGAUAAGGCCAAGAUAAAUCAGGGGUGGCUGGACUCUUCCAGGUCUCUAAUGGAGCAGGACGUUAAAGAGAAUGAUGUUCUUCUUUUGCGGUUCAAAUAUCAUAGCUUUUUUGAUCUCAACCCCAAGUAUGAUGCUAUCCGGGUUAACCAGCUAUACGAGCAGGCCAAAUGGGCCAUCCUGCUGGAGGAAAUCGAGUGUACUGAGGAAGAGAUGAUGAUGUUUGCGGCCCUGCAGUAUCACAUCAACAAGCUGUCCAUCAUGUCUUCAGACAAUCACAUGAACAACAGUGAGAAGGAGGUGGAUGAAGUGGACGCUGCGCUGUCCGACCUGGAGAUUACCCUGGAGGGAGGAAAGACCUCGAACACACUGGGUGACAUUACAUCCAUCCCUGAACUGGCUGAUUAUGUGAAAGUCUUUAAGCCAAAGAAACUGACACUGAAAGGACCCAAGCAGUACUGGUGCACAUUCAAGGACAUCACAAUCUCCUGCUACAAGAGUCGUGAGGAGGCCCAUGGCAUACCUGCCCACCAAAUGAACCUGAGAGGCUGUGAGGUUACACCAGAUGUAAAUAUUUCUGGUCAGAAAUUCAACAUCAAGUUGUUAAUCCCAGUAGCGGAUGGCAUGAACGAGAUCUGGCUGCGAUGCGAUACUGAGAAGCAGUAUGCACAGUGGAUGGCUGCCUGUCGUCUGGCCUCCAAAGGGAAGACAAUGGCAGAUAGCUCCUAUAACCUGGAGGUCCAGAACAUUCUGUCCUUCUUAAAGAUGCAGCACAUGAACCCAGAUCCCCAGAUUAUUGAACCAAUCACCACAGAUAUCAACCCUGAGUGUCUCGUCUCACCACGAUAUCUGAAGAAGUACAAGAACAAGCAGCCAGGCUAUAUCAGGGACCUGAUUUCUGCUCGUAUCCUAGAGGCCCAUCAGAAUGUGGCCCAGAUGAGUCUCAUCGAGGCCAAGAUGCGCUUCAUCCAGGCCUGGCAGUCGCUGCCAGAGUUUGGGAUCACUCAUUUCUUGGCCAAGUUCCAAGGCAGUAAGAGAGAGGAGUUGAUUGGCAUCACCUACAACCGAUUGAUCCGCAUAGAUGCCAGCACCAGAGACGCCAUUAAGACCUGGCGCUUCAGCAACAUGAAACAGUGGAACGUCAACUGGGAAAUCAAGAUGGUUACAGUGGAGUUUGCUGAUGAGCCCAGUCUGUCAUUCACCUGCGCUGAAGUGGACUGUAAGGUGGUGCACGAGUUCAUCGGUGGCUACAUUUUCCUGUCGACGAGAGCCAAGGACCAGAAUGAGUCUCUUGAUGAGGAAAUGUUCUACAAGCUCACCAGUGGUUGGGUUUGAGAGGGUGAACCUCUGAGCCCAGUAAAACAGGGGGGUGGGGUGGCAUGGGGUGCCUGGGAUUUUUGUUCAUCUACUCUAUUUUUCUUGUGGGUUUUUUUUUUUUAAAUCAUGCCAUACAUCUGGCCACAGUGAGUGUUUGUUUGUUUGAAAGCUACCAUCUUUUUAAUUUAGUUCCUGCCUUAAUGCUUCCAAACACCUUUGUAACACUAAUGAAGACAUGGAAUGACUUUGAAGAACGAUGAGAGUUUUCCUUCCACCCAAGGCUUCACCUUCUGAUCAGAUUUUUUUUUUUUUUUUCCUUCGUGAAGCGAGCAGCUAUUUUCACAGAGACUGUUGCUUCUCAUUCCUUUUCCUUUCCCAGGGUGCUUGGUGAGUGUGUAGUCACUGCAUUGUUCUGCAUUGUUGGUUGUCUCCACCUCUCUGCCUUAUGCCUACUAGAGGGGUUAGUGUGACGUCCAUGGCCUUUCAGCUUGCAUGCUAAUACUCAAGUUUGUCUCAAAUGUCACGAUCUGAUUGUUUUGACAAGUUAAGUCUUGGUGCUGAUUUGCCUUUAUUCGAAUGCAGUCCCUCUUCUGCUUCACUUAUGUUGUAUGUCAUAACUUCCAUUGAUAUUCUUCGUUGUCUCCGUGUUGUUACCAUUACCUUUGGCAAUAGCAGCCAUUUUAUGAAAACAAUAUCCAGCACUCAAACGUUAAACUACAUGAGCUCGGUUAGAGGGUCUCUCCGGAUCAGCGCUGACCAGAAUAUUCAACACUACAAGCAGUUUUGCAACUAAGAAGACACUUUUUUUUUUUUUUGUUUUAGUGUGAUCUCUUGACGAGACAAGAUAGCAAGCACUCCUACAUUGAAGGAAAGGUCCACACAUGAAGAAUAAGCUGUAGUUGCCUUUUUUUUUUUUUUUUUGAGGUCUGACAUCCUGAGUCAGCAUGAGAUAAUAUAUUGAUCUUCAGCACUAUAGUUUUCGGGUUUAUUCUCGCAACAAGCAGUUUGCGGUGCACGUUAAACAGGAUGUUGAAGACCAUAUGAUGAAGGAAUGAGUCCAGGGAUCUUAACCUGCUAGCUACAGAAUCUCUAAAACGAUCACAUGUCUUGAAGGAAACGGUAAUGAAAAGCAGGCCUGUGUGCAGUUUAGGGCCCGUGUGUCAUGCGAGUACAGCCUCUACCCUCCUGUUCAGUAUGAAGUCGGUGAGGAUGACCUCAGUUGUGCUUUGGAGCCUGUUGGCUACAGGCAGCACCAUGACGUGUCGGUUUCAUGUUUUUUCUGUACACCCUUCCCUUCCCUUCCGUCAUUCACACUUUAUCCUAAACCAUAUAGUAUUAUUCAAAGCUGUUAUAUUGUUAUGCAUCAGCAAUGGGUCACUGUGUUUUAAAGGCAGGACAUGCAAUGUUCAAUUUUUUUUUUUUUCUUCCAUGAAUAUGAAGGAAUGCUAAAUGAAGUAUUAGUUUUUGUAACUAAUGUAAAAACAAUUUUAUAGAAUUGUACAGGUAUUGUUUUGUUGCUGCUUUUUUUCUGUCAUUUUUUGGAAAUGCAUUUAUUUUUCCAGAAGAGAAGGAAAAAAGCCAUCUUUUGAGCAUUGCUUGGUGGUAUGAUGUGUACCUGCCUAUGUUAAGGUCUUAUUGAGUUUUUAAGAGUAAAAAAAUAUAUAUAUAGGUAUAUAUAUAUAUUAAUGUGAUGAAGCAUGUCUCAAGCUCCAGGUUUAGCUGCUGCACAUUUCAGCACACGCGCUUUCUCUCUCUCUCUCACUCUCUCACUCACACACACACACAUGCGCACACAUUGAAGGACUUGUUUCGUUUUCUGUUACUGUUAUUUAGCCUUAAAUUAAACACAGUAUGUAAAUGUUUAUUUUCUGUUUGAUGCAUUGGAAUAUUUGACAAGCGUCUUUUCUUGAUUUUAUCUGCUAGCACACAGUAAUAAAUUCUUUUAGCAGCAAAUUUGUCAUUUUAUAGCAAGUUGCUAGGAAAAUGUUAGAACCUGUUUUUAAUAGUCCUAUAUGAAUGCUCAUUUUAAGAGGUAUGAGUUGAAUUAUGAAGGAGAACCAUCGCCCCCUGGAGUUUGAGACAAAUUGUCAUAAAAUGAAGUACAAUAAAAAGCUACUUUAGCAUAUCUUUUCCCUUUUUUAUUUUUUGCUUGUUUUUGUUUGUCUCAGAUUCUGAACGGCAGUGCAUGGCCUGCUGGUUUUAGACUGUAAAUGCAUUUAUUUAAAAAAAAUAAUAAUAAAAAUGAUUUUUAUUUAAAGCCAA